GUUGUUUGUAAGUAGAGUAAACACUCCAUAUUAUAAACAAGAGAAAAAGUUUACUACAGCAAAUACCUUUAAAAUCAAAAUAGGUUAGGAGGAGCCGUUAUUUCUCGCAAUACAAAUAAUGGCAUCACCAACAAAAUCGCCGACAGCAUCAACGACAACGUCAACAACCAAUCAAGCGUCAUGGGAGCCGCAUCGGAUUACGUAUAUCAAGCCGACUUUCGAUAUAUGUGAAAAGGCACUUGCAAAUCGUACAGAUCUGUGGCACAAGUUCAUCGUCUUCGACGGCGCUGUGUAUAGGCGAACCGAUGUCCUGCGCGCCAUUGUAAUCACCUGUGAACCAGCACUCCUGAUACCGAUCAUGUACACCAUCGAGGACAAGAAUAAGAGCACGUUUCUCGCAAAAUGUGCCAUUAACGCCAUAGAGAAUCUAGUGAAGCAGGGAUUGACUAUAACGUUGCCCAGCGGUCAGGAUCUGUAUAUAGAUAUUGUAUUGGGAUUUCUUGGUGCAAAUGAGCUGCGAGUGAAUACAAACAAAAUCAUAGCAGAUGCCCUGCAGUGUAGGUAUGAGCCGAUGAGAAAGAUAUUCAAUCUGGAUGACUUCGAGAACGAGAAGGCUUUAGGCUCGAUAUUCUGUCCUAUUUCCAUACCAAAGAUUUUCGAUCUAGUUUUGCGCUGCAGCAGGACAAGUAUGAGCAUCCGUGACCCUCAACAAUCGAAACUGGCUGUCCGUGAAUUGAGCUUGAGAUACAACAAACUCACAGCUGUCAUUCUGUUUGAUAAGUUCUUCAAUUACCACCUGACCAAGUUGGACUUGAGGCACAAUCAAAUCUUGGAUGUGGAGUAUCUACGUUAUUUCCAUGAGUUCAAAAUAACUGAACUUUGGUUGGAUGGAAAUCCAUUGUGUACAAAAUAUACCAACUCUCAGGAUUAUAUACAAGCUGUGAAGAAUGUUUUCCCAUAUUUACAGAUCUUAGAUGGGAUUGUCAUAGGAAUGGAGAAUAAGUUUGUACCAAGCAUCCAGAGUUAUUAUCUAGGCAAUGGAACAAAGAUUCCUCUGAUCAGGCAAUUUGUCAAGCAUUUUUUUAUGCUGUAUGAUCAAGAUGAUAGAAUAGUUAUGCAUGGCCUAUAUGAUAAAAGUGCGUUCUAUUCCAUGUCGUUAGGUAAUAAUAUAACGAAUCAUAUACAUAAAGAGAUUGUUAAGACAUUUUUUAUGAAUAGAAACUGGUAUAAAAUUUCUGAUUGUGCCAAGUGCCAUGAAUUCCUAUUUCGAGGACCUGAAAAAAUAAUCACUGCUCUUCAAAAGCAACCACCAACAAUGCACUAUCUUAAAACGUUUUGUAUUGACUUGUUGUAUGAAGAAGAUAAUUAUAUAGCUGUUUCUGUGCAAGGUCUAUUUGCAUAUCGACUAUCAGUCUGUCCACCCAUGAUGUUUAACAGAACUUUUAUUAUUAUACGAAAAGAAGACAAUGAAUAUUGUAUUAUUAAUGAUAUGUGUUACAUUGAUGGUACAGCCCCUAAUGAUAUUAAGGAAGUGAAAUAUGAUAAAAAAAUCGUGCCCAAAUUUAUUCCAACGGUACUUAGCGUGACAGAAAAAGAGCAACUGCUUAGAUUUUUACGUGAACUUACUACGAUGAACAUUCGAUACUGCUACAAAUAUCUUCAGAAUGCAGAGUGGAAUAUAAAAAACGCAAUUACUACUUUUAUGAAGAAUUAUUCAGUCAAUGACGUUCCCUCAGAAGCUUUUCAAUAAAUGUGUGAUUAUAUUAAAU